CAGACAGUGCUCCUGCAGUCAUGUGUGUGUCUCCUCAGUGUGUGUUUCUGUGUGUUGUUCUGGCUCUUGGUGCUGCUGCAGCUUAUGACUCUCAGGAGAGCCGCGAGUCAUUGGAGGUGUUUGUGAACCCAUAUCAGGCCAACGCCUUCAUGAGGAACACACAACACAACCCCUACAUCUACCGAAGGAUGAAGUCUCCAGCUGAGCGGCGUGCGGAGGUGUGUGAGGACUUCUCUCCGUGUCGUGUGUUUGCGCUGCGCUACGGUUCUCAGGUGGCCUAUCAGACCUUCUUCAGCCCGCAGCAGCUCAGGGCCAAUCAGCAGCUGCGCAGAUACUGAGCCCCGCCUCCUCAUUUACAUACCAGCAGCCAGCUCUCCUCAUAUAUUAGUGUGUGUGUGUGUGUGUGUGUGUGUGAAUGACACUGAUCCUGCAUCUGCUCUCUGAACACCAGCAGCUCUCAUAGACACCUGUACAUCAUCAUCAGUUCUGCUCACAGCUCUUCUGCUUGUAGAGGAUUUGCUGAACAUGAGGAGCUCUCAAUAAACCCUGGACACGCUUCAUGAUGGAGACGUGUGCUGCACAGCAUUUAUUCA